AGAUCGAUAGACGCUCUUCAACGAAAUUGGAUUUGUGUCUAAAGCAUUACCCACAUCGGCAAACGCACAAGGGCGACCAUAUCCAAGUCCGGAUAAACACAUGGUUCCAGAUGCUAAUUGGGCAGUGUCGUGACAGAUCAUAAGAUAAGAGACGAGGCAGCGCAAAGCGAGAGAGAUGAGCGAGAAGAAAAGACACGCGACAAGAAGAGGCAAGAGACGCGAGGAGGGCAGCAGGCGGCAUAAUGUGCAGACGAAGGUAUUCACCAUCAAACAAAUAGAGAGAAGAUAUGGUCGACACGAAGGCAAAAUGAGACAUACACAGCGACAAAGCAGGCGGCGCAGCAGCGAGGAACAUGAGGGCGGGAAAAGGAGGGACAGGAUCGCCACUGAGCCAGACGUGCGCAGGGGUCGAAUCAUAAAAGAACUGUGAGAAUUGCCCGGUAACUAUUCUCCUUUGACACGCCAUAGCACCGCCAAGGCGGCGACGCUGAGCAUGAGCACGCCCACCGCUGUCGACAUCUGUGCUGAAUGUUGAACCAUUGGCGCCAGGUGUGCGCCCUUCAGAUUGGCGGCGGCGGCAGACGAGGCGUGUGCGGCGUCAUC